UUCAAAUAUGACAAUUUUUGCUGAAAUUCUCAACUGUUUUUACAGAGAUAAAGAGCUUGAAAGCCUUGAAGAGAUGAUUCCGAAAGAGGAAAAGAAGCAUUUGAAUGAACUCACGAUCACCACCAUCAAGAGAGGGGUAUUGCUGCUUCUAAUUAUCAACUUAUGCUUCAUAUCAUUUCAUAUGAUGAAAGAGAAUCCUACCCAGAGAGAUAUAGAUAUGUUCAUUGGAGACCUCGUAUUCACUAUAGGGUCAUCAAUAGCCUACAUAAUCCUAAUAUGGUAUCCCGAUUACAGUAAAUUCUACCUCUUCCUCAGCUGACCGCUGGGAUUUGUCAUGCUGGCUACAUUCUUCAUGACAGACUUUGAGGGCCAUUACAACUGCUAUGUAGCCUGAUACUAUUGCUAUUGCUUCUUUUGUGUAGUGGUAGUCCCUUCCAAAGUUGACCUGAAUAACCUGGUAUUUCUAUUAGGAAUCCUAUUAUAUACAUACAGAGCUUAUACCAAACUGAAGAAUGGAAUAGGAACUGAAAUGGCUCUUUCAAGCUUAAUUGCCUUCUCGUACUUCUAUUUAGCCAAUAAUGCACUGCAUUCCAGACUUAAGCAUUUGUACACGCUGCUGCUUAAGAAUGAGAAGUUGGUCAAAGAGAAGAGGAGAGUCGUCGAGGUAUUCCCUCACUCAGUGUUGAUCAUACCCCAAAAAGGGCCUAUGAAUAACUGCUAUUGCAAUAAUGAGUUCAAGUCAAAAAUAGCCCAACUGGAUGGCCAUAUUAAGGAACUUGAAAAAGUUAAGAUUUCUCUUAAGAAGGGGGUAGACAAACCACAGCAUGAUGAGAAUAUCAACCUCUAUGAGUACCUCCUCAGAAGGCAGCAGAACUUCUCUAAAAACAAGCGGAGAGCCAAUAAGAAAUAUUCAAAUGAACUCAGUCUCAGCUUCAAAGUUCCUGGGCAGCAAAGAGACUCUGUCUCAGACCAUGAGGAUAAAGGGAUGCAUGAUAGCCCCAAGAACUUCAGUAUCAAAUCUCUCCAAAUAGAGUGGAAGGGCCAGCCAUGCUACAUGCAUGUGUUCAUAGACACAACAGAUAUUAUAAAACUCGAAGAGGCUAAAAAUAGGAUAAAACUUCAACGUAUUAUGUUCGCAAGUGCAAGCCAUGAGUUUAGGACACCUCUUAACGCAAUCAUUAAUUCUUUUUAACUUCAUAUCCCAGAACUUUGAAGACCUGCUUGAGAGUCUUAAUUCAGACCUUGACCCGACGACGUUGGCUAAAGAAGAAUACUUAAGUAAUAUAGAGACGAUAACGAGAUUUAUGAAGACGGGGACUACCAGCUCUACUCUCCUUCUCGCAUUAGUGGAGGACAUCCUGAACCUGUCUAAGAUCGAUAAUGGAACAUUCACGAUUUAUCAGGACUACUUCAGUGUUCCAGAGCUGAUGCAGGAGGUCCACUCCUUGUUUGUAAUACAAUGCAUUAAUAAAGACAUUGAACUGACGAUUGACUAUGAUAAGAGACUAGGUGUAUGCGAAGUCAGGUCUGACAGAAAUAGAAUUAGACAGAUUCUCCUAAACCUAGUCUCUAACGCUCUGAAGUUCACUUUUGAAGGCUUUAUAGCUAUAAAUGCUGCACUAGUCGUGUCAAAUGAUGGCUCCACCAUUCUCGAGUUCAGAGUCAAAGAUACAGGGAUUGGAAUUAAAGAAGAAGACCAACCUAAACUCUUCGAAUUAUUCGGAAUGAUAGAAGACAACAGCAAUCUCAAUACAAACGGGUGAGGCCUCGGCCUUACAGUCUGUAAGAAGUAUGUGGAGGUUCUAGGAGGUGAUAUAAAAGUGAAGUCUAUUUAUGGUAUUGGUACUGAAAUGAUCUUCACUGUUAUCCCAAUUGACUACAAAAAUGCCAGGUUUUACAAAGCAAAGGCUACCCCUCGGUACUGAAAAGAGCCAGCGAAAUCCAUAGCAUCCAUAAUAACAUCCAACUCCUUAGAGGAAUACACUGGUGGGAGGAAUGGGAUUCCAACCAAGCAGAAUUUUACAUUUGAUGUCUCAAAGAUCUCUCCAUUUUAAAUGAUAUAGGUAAUUUCAAUACGCAUUCUUGAUCUUGG